AUUUAGUCAAUCUCACCACCACCCUUUGUCCCCUUCUACUAUCAUUCUCUCUCUCGUUUUAUUUUAUUGAACCUAACCCUAUAUGCACGAUUCAACAACAAGAUCAAAGUUAUGGUUUCCGAAUAAGUCUUCAAGCAUACACAAAACUUGAACAUCACUACCAAUUAUAACUUCCUUUUUUUCUGAGAGAAAUUAAAAGAAGAUGGGAUUCAGGGUUUGAUUGACGUUUGUCUAUUCAUAUCAUAGCGAGAUAUAUAUUGUUGCAAAAAAAAAACCAACUAAUAAGAUAAACCCCGUGAAGACAUCUUAAAAAACGAUGGCUUCUUCAGCAAGAAACCAUCACUACUUCCUGAUCGUUCUCCUCGCGAUGAUAUUAUCAUCAUCGUCAGGACAAGAACCUGAAUCCACUAUCCUCCUGAAGUUCAAGUCUUCGCUAGAAAACGCCACCUCAUCACUUGGAAACUGGGAUUCAAAGGUGCAACUUUGCAAAGGCAACUUUUCCAAUUGGAAGGGAUUGAUUUGCUACAACGGAAAAUUCACCGGUCUCCAACUAGAAUCCAUGGGAUUAUCAGGGACUCUUGACAUCGACACACUUUCCCAAUUGACUUCUUUACGUACCAUAAGUGUCAUGAACAAUAACUUUGAAGGGCCAUUUCCGGACGUGAAGAAAAUUGGAGGACUCAGAGGCGUCUACUUGUCGAAUAACCGGUUUUCCGGUGAGUUGCCUGACGAUGCCUUUGCCGGAAUGAAGUCAAUUAGGAGAAUUUUUUUGGCGAAUAAUAGGUUUACCGGCAAGAUUCCGACGUCGUUAUUGGGAAUUCCGAAACUUGUAGAGUUGCAACUACAGGAUAACCAGUUUGAUGGUAGCAUACCGGCAUUUACUCAGCAGGUUUUCCAAUUAAAUGUUGCAAAUAAUAGGCUUGAAGGUCCAAUACCAGCUCAACUUAGCAGUCAAAGCUUAAGCUCAUUUGCAGGAAAUGUGAACCUAUGUGGUAAGCCAAUGCCAGCAUGUCCAGCUUCAAGGGAGGAACAAGGCAAUACUUCAAAGAAUAAGAAAGGAAUCCCAAUAGUGGCCAUAAUCCUAGCAGUCAUUGGUGGAUUACUCUUAGCAGCCAUUAUCAUUGCUCUCUUUCUUCUCCGUAGGCAAAGGAAAAGACCGUCUCAGUAUGAAAAAUCAUCAGUGAAAAAUCUAAACAAAUCAGAACCAAAGAAACGUCCUUUGAGAGAAGACAAGUAUGGAAGAAGUGAAAAGGGAAAGUUGUAUUUUGUGAGAAGGGAUAGAGAAAAGUUUGAUUUAGAAGAUCUUCUUAGAGCACCAGCUGAGGUUUUGGGAAGUGGAAGCUUUGGAUCUACUUAUAAAGCAGACCUUAAUAUUGGGAAACCUAUAGCUGUGAGGAGAUUUAGACAAAUGAGUAAUAUGGGUAAAGAAGAUUUUCAUGUACAUAUGAGAAGGCUUGGCAAGUUGUCACAUCCUAAUAUCCUUCCUCUUGUCGCUUUCUAUUAUACAAGGGAAGAAAAGCUUUUGGUCACUGACUUUGCUGAAAACGGCAGCUUGGCUAGUCAACUAUAUGGGAAAAGAGGUCCUAAGCAACCAAGUCUUGAUUGGCCAAGUCGUUUAAAGAUCAUAAAAGGAAUAGCAAGGGGGUUGGCUUACCUCUACAAGGAGCUUCCUACAUUGACACUCCCACAUGGGCAUCUUAAAUCCUCCAAUGUUGUAUUAGACCACAGCUUUGAGCCACUUCUAGCAGACUAUGCACUUGUGCCAGUCAUCAAUAAGGACCAUGCCAAACAGUUCAUGGUCGCCUACAAAUCACCAGAGUACAUGCAAAACGAACGUCUUACUAGGAAGACUGAUGUCUGGAGCCUUGGCAUCCUCAUCCUCGAGCUACUAACUGGCAGGUUCCCAGCAAAUUAUCUGAAACAAGGGAAAGGAGCAAAUGCAGACUUGGCAGCAUGGGUGAACUCAGUGGUGAGAGAAGAGUGGACAGGCGAGGUUUUCGAUAAGGACAUGAAUACAAAAACCAAACACAAUAGCGAAGGAGAAAUGCUUAAGCUCUUGAAGAUUGGAAUGUGCUGUUGUGAAAUGGAUGUUGGAAGGAGAUGGGAUUUGAGGGAAGCCCUAGAGAAGAUUGAAGAAUUAAAAGAAAGGGAUACUGAAUAUUCUUCUAAUUAUGCAAGUGAAGGAGAAAUUAAUUACUCUUCGUCUAAAGCCAUCAGUGAUGAGGAUUUCUCCUUUACUAACAAGGGUUAAACAAUUUGCUUUAAUUCGAGAAUGAAAUAUACACAUAUAUACAUAUUUAUAAUUCAAGGAGUUAUGAAAGGUAGAAUUUUGUGUAAAAACAAAAUCAUUUUCUUUUUUAUUAAUGGUAGAUAUGUGAAAUUAAAGGAAGCUCAAAUCUCAUGCCUUCGUGGAUACCUUCU